GAUAUUGGCGAACGAUGAAGCCAUGAAAAAAAAAAACAGUGGCGCAACAGUGGCAACCACAAACAACCAUUGCUUUGGUCAUUGGUAUUGGUGGCCAAUGCCUAAUGGCUAUUGGCAACGACCAAACUAACGACAAACGACCAUUGAAUGAAACGACCCGACUUGACUUUAGCAAUUUUUUUUCUCUCCAUCAUCGGCAUUAUCUAUCCGAACCUACAGUUACCUAUAUUUUGCUUGUGAUACAAGAGAGUACAAGUUACGUCCAAAAUUAUGUCUAGCCCUGAUGAUUCCCUGCCUGAAGGAUGGGAGGCGCGUAAAAGUCGUAGCACUGGAAUGACUUAUUAUUUGAACAAGCUUACAAGAAAGUCUCAAUGGGACAAGCCUGAUGGUCCAGCUUCUCUAGAUGUUGAUGAAGAUGACACGAGCCUUCCUGAAGAAGUCUGCUGCUCUCAUCUGCUUGUGAAACAUGCUGCUAGUCGUAGGCCUUCUUCUUGGCGGGAAAAAAACAUUACUAGAAGCAAAGAAGAAGCUUUAGAAAUCCUCAAAGGAUAUCGUCAAAAGAUUGUGAACAAGGAAACUACUUUUGGAGAAUUAGCAAAAUUGUACUCUGAUUGCUCAUCAGCUAGUCGGGAUGGAGAUCUUGGGGUUUUCAAGAAAGGUCAAAUGCAAAAGCCAUUUGAAGAUGUCGCUUUCAGGUUACGAAUUGGUCAGUUGAGCCAGAUAGUUGAGACAGAUUCUGGAUGUCAUAUUAUCCUUCGCACUGGUUAGCUUAUCAACCAAACUAUAAACAGAUAUUUCCCAUUAGUUUUUUUUUGUUAGAUACUUAAUAUAAUUUUUUCACAAAUGUAUCAUCCUGCAUUAUUUAGGUAAAUCCUCAAUUUUUUUAGUUAGAUCACAUUUUUGGAAAGCUUUACUUUUAUACUUAAAAUAAAUAUAUAAAUAUGUUUCCAGUUCAAAUUCUUUUUUAGAUUAUGGAACAUUAUACAUAGGUAUAAUCGCAUGUAUCCAAAAUUAUGAACUAAAGUUUAAAUUUUUUAUGCAACUGAUGUAGAAAGAUGUCACUUAUUGACUGCAGCCUUUUCUUCUUCUGAUCGCACCUAGUUAAGUAUUUUUGCACACUUGUAUCAUCCACUUUAAAAGGUGCCAUUGACUAUUAGAACUGUUUUCACUGUAAAUCCCAGAAAAAAUAUGCCUGUCUCUUAAUUUUUCGUUUAUAAGUCUGUUUCCUGUCAACCUUUACACCUGUCAGUACCUUAGAAAAAAUGGUCACGGAAUGUCAGGGAAAUAGGGGAUUAUAUUUAACACAUUUGCUGUGGACACCCCCUGAUAAGCAUCAUAGGCAUAACAUAAAAAAUAAAUAAAGAUUAUUUGUAAUUUUGGCCCCAAAGGAUUGCAAUAGCAGACUUAUUUCUAAUAAGGCACUAUUAUUGUAUGAUUAAACUAUAUAACUUU